AUGUCUUUCAAUGUCUAUCUCGUCAUUUCUGCAGGCGCGCCUCGUGAUCAUCACGCUAUAUUUGUCGAGACGAAGCCCGACUCUUCGGGCCAGAUAUUUCAAGUCACUGGCAACAUCCAAAACGGGAUGACAUACGAAACCAAAUCCACCGGACGACCUGAAGACUCACUGACUUACCAAGGAAAGACUCUCCUUGGCUCCGUGACUGCUGCAGAUUAUCCGCAAAUCGACUCAGUUUGUCGUACCCUACCGGCUCCGCCCAAGCAGUUCCAGGGGGCCAAGAGGUUGGAUCCUCAACAGCCUCUCCGUCGUUGCCAGGAUUGGACGGCAGAUGCUAUUGACACCCUUCGCUCUAAGCGAAUCAUAUCUUGA